AUGGAACUACCUAUCCACACAUACCUGGUCCAAGGUAAGUUAUGAUAGAAGUGUUGCCUUAAGGUUGUGAUAUGAAGUCAUGUUUUAGGGAAUUAGUUUUGUGUGGAAUUUUGGCAAACAAACGUUGGGAUUAAUUCCUGUCAAGCACUGUCCUAGCCUCUACUCCACUCCGCAAGACACUGUCCAGAUUCAAACCAAAGCUGCUCUGGAAUACAAAUGUGCCCGCGGAAGGCACCAUAGCAGAAAAACAACAACAUUAUUAACUAUGAAAAUGAAAGCAGUGACAGCUUGCAAAGCAGCUUGUUCACCCCCCAUUAGUCCAUAGACGAGGACACGGUGACGUUCAAACAAACUGAUUUGAAUGUAGAUGAUCUGGUACAUUGAUCAUGACGUAAUGUAUGUGGUCAUGUAGAAACACUGUUCUGUUUAUAUUAUAAUUAGUCAAUAUGUUGGUACUAUUGAUAUUAUUGAUUAUUGAUAUUGUACUGCACUGUUGAGAGAGAUUGCAAGUAAGCAUUUUACUGCACUGUUUAUACCUGCUGUGAACUGUGUACAUGACGAAUACAAUUUGAUUUCUAUUUAGUACAUAAACCAUAUAGGCUACGACAAGGAUUUGUAAUCAUAUGAAAAUCAUGAACAACAUGCUAUAUCUUUUUUAUAAUCAGUUCAAAUAGAGUGCAAUAUUAGAUCUUAUUGCCUAUGACAGGUUAAACAGUCAUGGUUUGAAUGGUGGAAUGGCAUGAUGAUCCCAGCAGUGAUUGUGUACUGUGUUCUCUCCCACCCCCCUUAGACUCCAGGGUACGAGGAUGGCUCCUGUUGGACUCGUACCUCCCCACCCUCUCCCUCACCAUCCUUUACCUCCUCACAGUAUACCUGGGAUCAAAAUACAUGAGGGACAGGCCAGCGUACUCACUCAAGGGUGUCUUACAAGUGUACAACUUCUCUGUGACCAUGCUCUCCUUGUACAUGCUGGUUGAGGUAAGUUGUUCUAAGACAAACCUCAAGAAGAGAGAUGUCUGUGAGUCGGGGGCUAUGAGUGCCUUUAUAUCCUGGGUUGUGUUCAUUAGCCAUCAAACAUACUGACAGGGAGGGAGGGACUACCUUGACUUGUCCAAUAAGAAUUGCACAUUUUCAUUUUCCGUUGCAAAACACUUUGAAAUGUUUUCCGUUGCGUGCCCUAAUAAACAUAACCCUGGGAAAGGGCAUCUGUAAAUGGAGUGUGUGUUACUGACACACCGUAGGUGGAAAGAGCAUUACUCUGUCAGACAAGUCAGAAGACAUCUAUAUUAAUAACAUCCUAGUAUUAUACAGCCGGCAAAAGUGAUGCUGAUGCUUCGAUAAAUUAUUUGUGUGAAAACAUAUGUGAUGCCUCAAAGUGAUGUUCUUUCACCCCUCCGAGCGUGUUUGUGAGUGUGUGUGUGUGUAUAUAUAUAUAUAUAUACACUGAGUGUACAAAACAUUAAGAACACCUUCCUAAUGUUCCCACGAUUGUGUCAAGUUGGCUGGAAUGUCCUUUGGGUGGUGGACCAUUCUUGAUAAACACAGGAAACUGUUGAGUGUGAAAAACCCAGCAGCAUUACAGUUCUUGACACAAGCCGGUGCGCCUGGCACCAAAUACCUAACUACCAUACCCCGUUCGAAGGCACUUAAAUCUUUUGACUUGCCCAUUCACCAUCUGAAUGGCACACAUACACAAUCCGUCUCAAUUGUCUCAAGGCUUGAAAAUCCUUCUUUAACCUGUCUCCUCCCCUUCAUCUACACUGAUUGAAGUGGAUUUAACAAGUUACAUCAAUAAGGUAUCAUAGCUUUCACCUGGAUUCACCUGGUCAGUCUAUGUCAUGGAAAGAGCAGGUGUUCAUAAUGUUUUGUACACUCAAAUCAAAUCAAAUCAAAUUUUAUUCUGGGCCACAUCCUGACUGAUGGCAGCCCAUUCUUGCAUAAUCAAUGGAGUUUGUCAGAAUUUGUGGGUUUUUGUUUGUCCACCCGCCUCUUGAGGAUUGACCACAAGUUCUCAAUGGGAUUAAGGUCUGGGGAGUUUCCUGGCCAUGGACCCAAAAUGUCGAUGUUUUGUUCCUCGAGCCACUUAGUUAUCACUUUUGCCUUAUGGCAAGGAGCUCCAUCAUGCUGGAAAAGGCAUUGUUCGUCACCAAACUGUUCUUGGAUGGUUGGGAGAAGUUGCUCUCGGAGGAUGUGUUGGUACCAUUCUUUAUUCAUGGCUGUGUUCUUAGGCAAAAUUGUGAUAGAACCCACUCCCUUGGCUGAGAAGCAAACCCACACAUGAAUGGUCUCAGGAAGCUUUACUAUUGGCAUGACACAGGACUGAUGAUAGCGCUCACCUUCUCCGGACAAGCUUUUUUCCGGAUGCCCCAAACAAUUGGAAAGGGGAUUCAUCAGUGAAAGUGACUUUACCCCAGUCCUCAGCAGUCCAAUCCCUGUACCUUUUGCAGAAUAUCAGUCUGUCCUUGAUGUUUUUCCAGGAGAGAAGUGGCUUCCUCGCUGCCCUUCUUGACACCAGGCCAUCCUCCAAAAGUCUUCGCCUCACUGUGCGUAUAGAUGCACUCACACCUGCCUGCUGCCAUUCCUGAGCAAGCUCUGCACUGGUGGUGCCCCGAUCCCGCAGCUGAAUCAACUUUAGGAGACGGUCCUGGCGAUUGAUGGACUUUCUUGGGCGCUCUGAAGCCUUCUUCACAACAAUUGAACGUCUCUCCUUGAAAUUCUUGAUGAUCCGAUAAAUGGUUGAUUUAGGUGCAAUCUUACUAGCAGCAAUAUCCUUGGGGCGACAAUGCAAAUAGUCUGGGUAGCCAUUUAAUUAGAUGUUCAAGAGUCUUAUGGCUUGGGGGUAGAAGCUGUUAAGAAGCCUUUUGGACCUAGACUUGGCGUGUGGUAGCAGAGUGGUAGCAGAGAGAACAGUCUAUGACUAGGGUGGCUGAAGUCUUUGACAAUUUUUAGGGCCUUCCUCUGACACCUCCUAGAAUAGAGGUCCUGGAUGUCUGUGUGUGUGUGUGUGUGUGUGUGUGUGUGUGUGUGUGAAUGUUUGAAAAGGCCAGGCCCUGUGGCAAUAGCAAGUUGACAUUUAUUGUCAUGAAUCUUAGCCUGGAGGAAGAACUGAGUGAUUUCCGCUAGAUGGGCCAGCUGCGAAGUCAAAAUUGGUUAUAUUGUACAAAUUAAUGAAAACAAAAAAAUAUUUUUAGUCUUAAUUUAAGGUUAGGGUUAGAUAUUAGGUUAGCAGUGUGGUUAGGGUUAAGGGUAGGGUUUUGUUUAAAAUCCGAUUUUAUGACUUUGUGGCUGUGCCAGUUAGUGACCACUCUGCAGAGCUGCCUCCAGAACAACAUUCAUAACUCAAAACGCUAACCUGCGUGGCAAGACAGGAAGUCACAGUGUAGUCAUGCUUCACUUUCCUCAGGGAGAUAGAAAGAGAAUAAUGAUGGGAGAGAGAUAAGGGGGAUGGGGAGGAGUCAACGCUUGGUACUAUCUCACAUUUGCUCCCUUCCCCUCACUCUCUCUGUCUCACCCCCCAAUCUCUCUCUCUCUCUCUCUCUCUCUCUGUUGACCUGUAUUGUCUCUCGUUUCUCCGUAUCUCUCUGUUUUCGGUUCUCUCUCUUCUGUCUUCUUCUCUCUGUCUCUCUAUUCUCUCAUCUCUCUCUCUCAUCUCUCCUCUCUCUCACUCUCUCUCUCUCUAUCUGUCUCUAUCUAUCUCUCUGUAGGUUUCCCUCUCUCCAGUCUCUCGUCUCAUCUGGGCUCUCUCGGUCUCUCCCCUCCAUCUAUUUAUCUUCUCUCUCCUCAGCUCAUCUGUCUCCCCCUCUCUCUGUCUCUCCAUAUCUCUCUAUCAUCCCUCUCGCCUCUCUGGCCUAUAUCUCGGGUCAUCCUCCCCUCCAUCGCUUUCUAUUCUCUCCGCCUCCAUCUCUCUGUCUCCUCUCUCUCUCCAUCUCUCUCUCUCUCUCUCUCUCUCUUCUCUCUGUCUCUCCGUCUCUCUCUCUCUCUCUCUCUCUCUCUCUGGCUCUCUCGGUCUCUCCCCUCCAUCUCUUUCUCUUCUCUCUCCUCCUCUCUCUGUCUCCCUCUCCCACUGUGACCUCUGGGCAUGGGCCCGUCUGCUGACUCAUAUGACAUGUUGGUCCAGAAGCCAGAUCAGCUCUGAUUCCAGGCUAGGUGAGAGAGUGAAGGACCAUACAGACAGAUUGCUCUCACUGGAAACCCUUCUAGGCAGGCUCCCACUCUUGCACAAUACAGAUUUAUACUAUUUAUAUUGCUAGAAAGAUGAUACUGUUAUGUAAUAGUAGAAAUGUAAAUCAUGAAGAUCUCUAGAGUGUAAGCUAUGUCUAAUGUCUAUAUGAUAGGCAAUGUGUGAAAUAAAGCUUGAGGUGUAUUUUGUAGGUUGUAUUGUUAGUUCACGGCCCCGGGAUCCUUUCUAUGGAUGGGCCCAGUUGAAAAGGCCUGAAGAGGAGUCUGUACUGCAUUAUGUGCUACUAACAUAUCCUCCAUCUUAAACUGUUGGUGUGCACCACCUUUCAUUUGACUUAAUGAAUAAUCGAUAUGUUUCAAUGCCCAUAACCCUCGGUUAUCUCAGAUCUCUUUCACCCCUAUGAAACUAUCAGUGUAUCCAUCAGUUGGCAGGUAGCCUAGCGGUUAUGAGUGUUAGGCCAGUAACCAAAAGGUCGCUGGUUCAAAUCCCUUAGGCUGACUAGGUUACAAAACUGUCUAUGUGCCCUUGAGCAAGGCACUUAACCCUAAUCGCUCUGGAUAACAGUGUCUGCUAAAUGACUAAAAUGUAAGUGUAGAUGUCCUAAAGACAUAUAGGGAUGGUUUCACAGCUUGAGCCUAGUCCUAGACUGAAAAGUAUUCUCCAAUGAAAGUGUUAUAUGGUAUUGACUGUUGUUUACUCCACGGAUAAACUUGAUUUGUGUGUGAAUCCUACACAUGUACACUACAUACAUUCACUAAAGAGUAGAGCGAGGGAGAGAACAUGUACACUACAUACAUUCACUAAAGAGUAGAGCGAGGGAGAGAGGGAGAAGUAUGCUGUUGUAGGAGGAGAACAAUGACCUGGGAUCUAUUUGUCGAGCACUGGGAUCUAUUUGUCGAGCACUGGGAUCUAUUUGAUGAGCACUGGGAUCUAUUUGAUGAGCACUGGGAUCUAUUUGAUGAGCACUGGGAUCUAUUUGAUGAGCACUGGGAUCUAUUUGAUGAGCACUGGGAUCUAUUUGAUGAGCACUGGGAUCUAUUUGAUGAGCACUGGAAUCUAUUUGACGAGCACUGGGAUCUAUUUGACGAGCACUUGAGCACAAUUAGGUUGCGGAGAGCAGUCACAUAUCCCUCUUUGUGGAAGUUUAUACAGGGGUGACCUAAUCUGACCUAAUCUGACUUGAUCCUGACCUAAUCUGACCUAAUACCAUUAGAACUGCUCACUGGGUUAGACUGACACGGCAGAGAAAGAGAGGGAGGGUCGGGCUACUGCCUCAGCUCAGUCAGUCAGGACAGGGAUACAGAUGUGUGUGGGGAGGGGUCUGUGGGGGAAGGGGUGGGGUGUGUGUGGGGCAGGGUGGGGUGUGUGUGGGGUGUGUGUGGGGCAGGGUAGGGUGUGUGUGGGGUGUGUGUGGGGCAGGGUGGGGUGUGUGUGGGGUGUGUGUGGGGCAGGGUAGGGUGUGUGUGUGGGGCAGGGUGGGGUGUGUGUGUGGGGCAGGGUGGGGUGUGUGUGGGGCAGGGAAAUUGUGCAUGACUGUGUGUGUGUGUGUGUGUGUGUGUGUGUGUGUGUGUUACAGGGAAAUGGUGCAUGACUGUGUGUGUGUGUGUUUGGGUGAGAGUUAUACUGUGACGUUGACCAUGGUGUUUUGGUUGCAGCUUGUCUGUGCAACCUCGUCGGCAGGCUACCGUCUGCAGUGUCAGGGACUCCACGAGGCAGGGGAGGCGGACCUCAGGGUGAGUGACACCAUGGCUGACUCACUAAUCCUUCCCACCAUCUGCCCUUCCUCUGUCUACUCCAUGACUGGCCUCUGAAAACCAUUGAAAUAGAAAUGCACAAAUGUAUCUAAUAAAUAACACAAACCUACUCUUAACAUUUUGAAGAAAGGAACCAUGUAGUGUUGACUGUUGUUCCCUUACUACUUAUUAUAAACGUUACAACCAUCUAGUUAAGAAAUGCAAUGUCUCCUGCACUCGCAUAUCAAGUGUCUCAACAGAUGCUAUCAUUGCUAUGUCUGUUCAUAGACAGUACAUUAUGAGUUGAAACUAUGGAGCUCGUAUAAACCAGUUCUCCGUGACUCAAGUCAAAUAUGCUAAAGCCCUCGCUGUGUAGCCUCGAACAACCAGCCUGAUCUCGUAUACACGGAUACAGUACAGAGAAUAAUUUAUGUAAGCUCGCGAGAUCAGGCUGGUUGUCCGAGGCUACUUGCUGUUUCCAGAGUGGGAGGAAAUGCUAGAGGUCCAGGUCUCUCUGAGGAAAGUGUGGUAGAUAUGUGAGUACCAUCACAUGCUGCUACCUCCUCCAACUUCAAAAGGAAAUGGGCCGUAUGAUAUAAUUCUGUCAGCUAGUGUCCACGAAUGGCAUCCCCCCAUCCCCCAUCUUCUGCACCUCUCUCCCCCCUAGUUUGAAAACAUUGUAUCUGAAUGUGAUGUAAAGCAACAUAUGCAAGAAUACAAAUGUGUAAUGUAUUAAACACAAAGAGAUUGUGGCACAAGUUCAUUACAAUGUAUUACAAUUAAAUGAAUUACAAUGAAUUACAUAAGUUAAUUACAGUCACAUGAACUGUAAAUGACAGAAUAAUAAUGAAUGUUCACUGCUACACUGAAAUAUUGAAAUUACAUCGUGGUCACAUUUUUGGUGUUAUUCUGAAGUACUUCUUUAAGUAACAGGGUCAUAGUUACAGACACGAUCAUGAAAGGGAAGCUGAUGCAGUACUGACCAUAUGACUGCACAGUCCCCUUUAAGCUCUUCUAUAAACUCCACAGGUAGCCAAGGUGCUGUGGUGGUACUACUUCUCCAAGGUCAUUGAGUUCCUGGACACCAUAUUCUUUGUGCUGCGGAAGAAGAACAGCCAGAUCACCUUCCUGCACGUGUAUCACCACGCCUCCAUGUUCAACAUCUGGUGGUGUGUUCUGAACUGGAUCCCCUGUGGACAGAGUAGGUCACACCCACUUCCACCCACAUCACUGUUAGAAUGCAUCCUUCAAAGGGACUUGAUUGAUCUAAGAAGGGGCUCUGGGCGUGGUAUAGGCAGAGACGGAAGAGGGAAGCGAGACAUCUCAAUCGCUCCUUUUUUCUGGUUCAUAUACUAUACUAAGUACAUAUACUAAGCAGACCAGACCAUAGAGCUAUAUAGAGGACUCAUCUUUGUAUCUGUGCCAUUAUAGCUUCUGUGACAGCAUGGGCAACGCCACUGAGGCUACCUCUAUUUUAAAAGAGUCCAUUAUCUUCUUCUUCACGACUGGCUGAUCCCUCCUUAUGAUCCGGAUGGACAUGACUCCAACAGGGUCACCAGGAGGGAUCAGGCAGUGAAGUUGGAAAUCCCACCCAGUUGACUAUAUGAAAACAGGGGAAGCUCUCAAUAGCGCUGCCCAUGCUAAUACGGCCUUUUAGCCAUCAUUCUCUAUGGACCAGACCCAGCUGCUAAUGUAUUGGUGCCUAUGGGAGAGCCACCCCUUUUCAAUGGCAAACGGCCUGAGUGGGACAUCUUCAUUUAUCCACCAUCUUUGAUAUAGGUUAAUGUUAGGGUCAGAUGGAGACUAGAGAUGUGGUUGAUGUUCUUCCUGAGGAAACUUUCUAAAACCUAUUCUUCAAUGUUGGAGCCCAAAGGGGGUAGUUCUGAUUCUGCUGAUUACGCCAACGUUCUUCAAGCAGGUUAACUAGCCCAAACAACUUGAACAUGUCCCUGCUACAAGCAAUUUGCAAAUGCUGCUUUAUUCCUUUUCUCACUGUAAUUGUGUUGCCUUUGUGACAGUGACAGACCAAACUGCUGAAUUUCAAUGUGAAAAGUUUGUCAAAUAUGUCAAUCAAUAAUUCAUUUCUCCAAUAUCUUUUUCAAGGUUUCUUUGGGCCGACUCUUAACAGUUUCAUCCACGUGUGUAUGUACUCCUACUAUGGCCUGUCCACAAUACCUUCCAUGCAGAAAUACCUCUGGUGGAAGCGUUACCUGACUCAGGCUCAGCUAGUGAGUAAAUUCCUUUCAUGAAAUGAGUGCUUGUUUCCAAUCAAGCCUGUAUGAUCUUACUUGAACAGUGAAGGGAACUACUCUUCUAGUCUAAGAACAAUGGCCAACAUUAACUAUAGAUCUGGGACGAUAAGAGCCACGCAGGUUAGAGAAAUGAUAAGACCCCUGACAGGGGGGUUUCCCCCUCUUUGCUCUCUCUGUCUCAGAUCCAGUUUAUACUGACCAUCACACACACCCUGUCCGCGAUCGUCGUCCCUUGUGGUUUCCCCGUCGGAUGCCUGCUCUUCCAGUUCUCCUACAUGGCCAGCCUCGUCAUCCUCUUUGUCAACUUCUACAUCCAGGUACGACCGGGGUAACCUUCACAUGAACACGGGAUUAAAACUGGGCUGUGUAUAAUAGGACACGAGAAGAAAAAUGCUUUAAAAUGUUUUGCAAACAGAACGUGUGUUUCUUAUUGGGAAAGUCCACAAAUACGACCAUGUUAGAGCUUAAUUUAAAGGCAUGUCUGAAUAUUUAUGUUGGUUUUUCAAUGGUCAUAAGUUGCCUGCUUUUAUCCCAGACCUACAGGAAAAGACGGCCAGGAGAAUCCAUCAAGUCCAGUCACCCGAAUGGCCACUCUGUCUCCACCAAUGGCACCAGCCUCAAGAAGAGAAAGUAGUAUUCGGACCUGGUUGUCAAGACAACAACCUUCUUCAACAACCACCAGAAUCUAUACGUGCCGUGACACUACUGCUAAAAUGCUCCAAAACAGGGAUAAACAUCAGUAUGUAUGUUGCAUUUUUGUAUAGAAUACUUCGUACUUAAUUUUUGUAUCAAAUCCUUUGUUUGGUUUCCUUGAAGCUUGACAACGUAUGUAUAACAUACUGUGUGUACAGGAAUGAGGCGCUCAUUUCCGUUGCACUUUCAAUUGCUGAAAUGCAAGUGUGAAAACUCCAUCCAUUCCUUACCACGCAGUAAACUAUGCAGUUCAUAGUUUUAUUCUCAUAGUGUAAAAACCUGAAUACAAUCAGCAAUUUCCACAAUACUUUGACAUAAUUUACUUUGCUAUAAAGUCAAACAUUGCUUUAUUGAAUAUAGCCCAUGUGUACAGUGUAUACUCACCGAAAAUAUCACUCCAGAGCAUUCACUUAAAUCAUUGUUAAACUAAAGAUGCCUUAGAAACACUGCAAGACCUUAUACCUGAUGUAUCACAAUGUAUUUGAAUGUCUUUGUUUACGGGUGCAAAACAUGCUGGUAAACAUUUGACUGGUUCUGUAGAAAAAGCAAUAUUGAACUGGCUUUCCUGACGACUUUGGUAGACUUUGUACAUUGAGAAAUGCAACCACUUAUCAAUAUCUUUGAAUGGCUAUCAGCAAACAGACAAAAUAAAAGUACUUUAAAAAA